GCAUUCCUAUUGACUCCACUGAGAAGCUCCUACAAAUCUAACUAUCUUACUAUUGACUCCACUGAGAAGCUCCUACAAAUCUCAGUAUCUUAUUAGACAAUAAAUUGAAGAAAAUGAUCCCAACAAAGAAACAUCAAAUAUUCGUAACUUUCUCUCUAUAUAACCCAAACAAGCUCAGCCCACAUCAGUAGCAGCAAAAGCAAGCCAAGCCAAGCCAAGCCAUGGGAACAUUCUUAGGCCACAUUAUCCCGGGCCUAGCCUUCACAAUAAUAGGCAUCUGGCACACUCUUAACACCAUCAAAACUUACAAACUCAAAGGCCCCUCCAAUUUCACCUCAUCAACAUGGUUUCCUUUCACUAGUACUACUACUCCAGUAACCAUUCCGAAACACUCGGAACUCUACCUCCUCCUCUCCUUCUCCGCCGCCGCCGCCGCCGUCCAAAUCCUCGACUACCCUCUUCUGAGCCUAUCUUUCAAGCCCGACAACUACGAGCACGCCACCAUGUUUCUCCAUCUCGCCGUCUACGCUUCGGUCGCCCUAGCAGUCGACCUCUCUGCUUCCCCCGACGCACUCCGAAGUCUCGUCGGAACUCUCGCCGCCUCCGUUUUUGCGCAGGAGCUCUUUCUCCUCAGCUUCCACUCCGUGGACCACGCGGGGCUCGAGGGCCACUACCACUGGCUCCUGCAGCUCGUAGUGGCCUUUUCCUUUCUCGCCACCGUCACGACCGUGGGACUCCCAAGCAGCUUCAUGGCGGCGACGGUGAGGUCGGCGUCGGUCCUUUUCCAGGGGUGCUGGUUCGUCGUCAUGGGCUUUGCGCUGUGGCUCCCGCGGUUUCUUCCGAAAGGGUGUUACAGCACAGAAAGCGGUAGCGACACGGGCAGUGGCAGCGGCAGUGGCAGUUUCAUGAGUGCAGUUGCAUGCAGAACGGAGGAAGCGAGUCAGCGGGCGACGGCGCUGGCAAACCUGCAGUUCAGCUGGACUCUGGCCGGGAUAGCAGUUUUGGUGGCUUAUUUGUGCCUGAGAACCGACAGCAAGUGUGUUGAGUACAGGAAACUAAGAUCAGGGGGUGGGGAUGUUUCUUUGAUCUCUUCUCCUGAAGCUGAAGAUCUCAAGCAAUCUCAACCGUCCGUUUAACGUGUCGAGAGAUUAAUAUAUCAUGUGCAGUUAUAGUGGAAACAUGACUGUUUUGAAAUGCUAACUCGGUGUUUGGUUUUUAGAAUAAGUAUGAAAAAAUUAUUUUUCUAUAAAAAA